AUGGCGCCCAUCAAGAAAGACUUCGAAAUCGCCAUUAUCGGCGGCGGAAUCGCCGGAGUAGCCCUGGCCAUUUCGCUCGUCAAGCGCAACGUCCCUUGCACCAUAUACGAAAAAGCGCAAGCCUUCGGCGAAAUUGGUGCAGGAUUGGGCAUCACCCCGAAUGCCACCAGAGCCAUGAAGGCUUGCGACCCAGUCAUAUACCAGGUUUUUGACAGGGUCGCUCAACCAGACAUUCUUUGGACUUUUUUCGACGGCUCAGAUGAGAAGAAAGACGAUGAGCCCAUCUUCACCCUUGGAGACGCAGAAGCUGGCAUCAGGGGCUGUCACAGGGCUCAUUUUCUGGACGGAAUGAUUCAACACCUUCCAAAAGACGUGGCCAAGUUCAAUAAGCAGCUAGACCGUGUUGAAGAGCCAUACGGUCCUUCAGGAAAACUGAGAAUGGUGUUCCAGGAUGGUUCUACUGCCGAAGCAGACGCCAUUGUCGGGUGCGACGGAAUCAAAUCUCGCACCCGCGAAAUCGUCGUGGGAAGCGACCAUCCGUCUGCGACGUGCGGAUUCACGCACAAGCACUGCUAUCGUGGCUUGAUCCCAAUGGACGAAGCUCUGGAGAUAAUUGGAAAGAAACGGGCAAUGGGCUCGAACCUGUGGUGGGGAUUAUUCGACCUCGGGGACCACCCCGUUCCGGCCUUUUCCAGAGGGCGCAUCUGUCUCAUCGGCGAUGCUGCCCACGCGAGCACACCUCAUCAGGGCGCUGGAGCCGGACUGUGCAUCGAGGAUGCCGCUACUCUGGCGUCUUUGUUGGCCGAUGACCGAGUUGAAGGUCGGGAUGACAUCUCCGCAGCGUUUGCAGCAUAUGAUCAAUGUCGUCGGGACAGGGGACAUCGACUUGUGGAGGGAAGCCGGCGGAUUGGGGAGCUAUAUGAGGGUCAGACCGAGGUUGGAAAAGACUUCAAAGCUAUAGAAUAUGAAGUCCGGACAAAGGCAAAGGACAUAUGGGAGUUCGACAUCAACGAAAGCAUCCAUCACUGCCUGGGCGAUUUAGAGAAACGUCUGGCCGUCAAGACAGGAGCGACAAACUAUAGACAGGGGAACUUCCGUGCCGGUUUGUAG